UAUAAAUGUCAAUGAUGUCUGUUGAGUUUGUGGCUUCUUAAUUAGAAGAAAGGAUUUGGGACAACCUAGGCUUAUACACUUCUUCCUUCCAUAUUACAUUGCACAAGUACAGAAAAAGAAAUGGAGUUGGAAUUGACACCAAAGAGAGCAGAAAUAGUGUUUGAAGGAGAUGGAGGAGGGUACUACGCUUGGUCAAGUCCUAUGUUGUCUAAGUUCAAUUUGGGGGGUGGUCGCCUUCACCUUAAGCCUGGGGGCUUCGCUCUUCCUCAUUAUGGAGAUGUUUCCAAAGUUGGUUAUGUCAUUCAAGGGAACAAUGGUGUAGCAGGAAUAGUACUCCCCAACACUAGAAAAGAAGUGGUUGUAAAGCUUAAGCAAGGUGACAUAAUACCAGUGCCUAUAGGAUCUGUCUCAUGGUGGUUCAACAAUGGAGAUUCAGAUGUUAUCAUUGCUUAUCUUGGUGAAACCUCAAAGGCUAUUUUACCUGGUCAAAUCAACUACUUCUUCCUAUCUGGCUUUGGAGGAAUUUUAGGAGGCUUCUCUUCUGAUCUCACAAGCAAAUCCUAUAAUCUCAACAAAGACGAGACAAAAAUACUCACAACAAGCCAAACUGGUGCUGUCAUAAUUAAAUUAGAAAAAGAAAAGGCUCAUGACAUGCCUCAUCCCCAUGUAGACCUCACCAAAAAGCUGGUCCACAAUAUAGAUGCCUCAAAACCUGAUUAUAGUGUCAAUAAAGGUGGCUCAGUCAUAACAGUAACAAGCAAAGGGUUCCCUUUUAUUGGGGAAGUUGGGUUGAGUGUGAUUAUAGUGAAAUUGGAACCUAAUGCUAUUAAGACUCCAUCACACUCAAUUAGCCCUGUGGCUCAGUUAAUUUACAUUGCUAGAGGAGGUGGCAAAAUUGAAAUUGUGGGUUUGAAUGGACAAAGUGUGUUGGAUACUCAGGUUGAGGCUGGUCAAUUACUUCUUGUGCCACAGUUCUUUGUGGCAGCUCAAAUUGCUGGUGAUCAAGGAAUGGAGACUUACUCUAUUGUAACCACUGAAAAUCCCUUGUUUGAAGAGUUGGCUGGAAAGGCAUCGGUGUGGGGAGCUAUGUCCCCUAUAAUUCAAGAAGUGGCUCUUAAUGUUGACUCUGAAUUUCAGAAGCUUUUCAUAUCGAAGAUUGAGGAGACAACAAAUCUUAUCCCCUCUCAUAUUUAAUUCGUAUUGUAUGUAUGAGUAUGACCUACGUGUUAUUUUAUUUUAUUUUUUAUAAUAUCUUUGAUUUGGUAUGAACCCCGUGAUGGAAGCAAAGAUUGCGUGCAAUUUAAUUAAUAAUAUGGGUUAUUGUACCAGUGUUUUAAUUGCCAAAA